AAUGGAUAUUUUAUAUUGUGAAAAAUUUGUAGCAUCAGGUGUCUAUAUAUAUUAUUAAUUUAAAGAAGUAUAUUUAGAAAUGCUGUAAAUGAUCUAUUUUUGCACUUUUUAGCAAAGAUAGGUAUUAUGGUUAUUUAAGAUAUUGAAAGAGAAGAUGUUGUAUUUAUAUCUAAGGUAUUUUUGAAUAAUUAUUUAUAUCUUAGACAUUAAAUUUAUACUUCAAUUGAUGAAAGAUAAGAAUUACUGAUUACCUACUUAAUCUAAGGCUUAAACUAUCUUAGUUAGAGGAUCAAAUUAAAUUAGUUUUAGAUGAAACUGAUAGAAGUAUUCAUGAUGCAUCAUUUGUUUUUAGAAGUCUUGUUAAUAGUAAAGAAUAAAUCACAGGAGGUGGAGCAUCUGAAAUUCAUUUAUCAUUAAAACUGAUUUAAUAAGAUAAUAAUUUAUCUAAAAAUUUUUUAUCUAGAAAUUUGCAGGAAUAGGAAUGAAAAAAAUAAAUAUUUUCAAUAAUUAUUUAGAAUAAUAUUGUAGAAG